AUGACGGAAUGUAAAUGUUUUCUAAAAGAUGCUAUGAGUGGAGAGUCUAUAUGGAAAUCAGCAAUAGUAAUAGCUGCCUUUAACAUAUGCAUUUUGUUAUUUGGGAACUCAUUCUUUGGCCUCCUUUGCUCCUGCAUAGUUUUUUGUAUUGGUAUAGGUGGCAUAUGCAUAAAGUUAUGUCCUGAAAAAUUGGCACUUCUCAGAAAUAGGGAGUUUGUGACAGAUGAGGAUUUACAGAAACACUGCAAAUCUGUUGCAUCACACAUAAAUUCACUUGUUGAUGGUUUUUUAGCUACAAUAACUUGGGAAAAUCCAAUCUUUUCAUUUUCAAUGUUCUCAAUAUUAUUGUUUGCUUCAUUAUUCCUAAGAUCUCUCAGUUUCCUUACAUUUAUCAUAAUUGUUGGAAAUAUUCUUAUUUCCAGGGUAUAUCUUUAUUCAUUAUACUUUUCACUAAUAGAGCCAAUUGUUACUCCUUAUGUAGAUGUAAUUUCAAAGAAAUUCAAUAGCAUCUUCGAGAGGAUCCCCCGUAUGAGCCAUAUUAAAGAUGAAUAA